AUGUCAGGAACCUCCAAAGAAAAUGGUGGUCGCCACCCUUUGUACAGGGGAGUGAGACAACGUAAGAACUCAAACAAAUGGGUGUCCGAGAUCCGUGAGCCGAGAAAACCUAACCGGAUCUGGUUAGGAACAUUCUCCACCCCGGAGAUGGCGGCAAUAGCCUAUGACGUAGCAGCUCUAGCUCUCAAAGGAACACAAACCCAACUCAACUUUCCAAACUCAGCAUCAUCUCUCCCUGUCCCAGCCUCCAUGUCUCCAGGAGACAUCCAAGCCGCAGCUGCUUCAGCCGCAGCUGCUUUUGGUGCUGCUAGGGAUGCGAUUGUAGUGACCAAUAAUAGCACCGCUUCAAGCAGCGUGGAGCGGAGUAAUGUGAUGAUGAAUGGUAGUUAUGAGAAUGCAAAUGGAUACAUGGACGAGGAUUUGAUAUUCGACAUGCCUAAUGUCCUCAUGAAUAUGGCUGAAGGAAUGCUUCUCAGCCCGCCUCGUCAAUCAACCUUUGAUGCUGCUUCUGACGCUGAUGGUUACACCGGAGGAGAUGAUUACUUAUGGAAUUUUCCUUGA